AUGCUGUUAGGACAACCCCAUGGGCCGGACCCGCUCGGCGACGAGAACACUGGCGAAGCCGACAUCGAAUACAAAACCUGCACAUGGUGGCAGACGGGCAUGCUCAUGAUUGCUGAGACCAUUUCACUCGGUAUCCUCUCGCUUCCCUCAGUGAUGUCCACGGUUGGCCUCAUCCCCGGCCUCCUCCUCAUUCUUGGCAUGGGAGCGUUUGCGACGUAUUCGGGAUAUGUUAUGUUUCAAUUCAAGAUGAAAUAUCCUUGGGUAAAGAGUAUGGCGGACGCUUUCGAAAUCCUAUUUGCGCCCUGGGGCUCGAAGGCGAAGAACAUCGGGAAGGAAGUCGGAGGCGCCGCCCAAGUUAUUUUCCUUAUCUUCUCAAUGGCCAGUCAUAUAUUAACCUGGACAAUUUGUUUCAAUGUGCUCACUGAACAUGCGGUAUGCAACAUUGUAUGGGGAAUCGUUGCGUUGGUCGUUUUCUGGAUUUUUGACCUCCCUCGCACAUUGAAAAAGAUGUCGUACUUCUCUGUUGCAUCAUUCAUCAGUAUUUUCACUGCUGUUAUGAUCACCAUGAUUGCUGUGGGUAUUGAGGUACCCGGGAGAGGCCCAACAAGAUACACUCUUUGGCCAAGACCGGGUGUCACUUUCCAACAAGCAUUCCUCUCCGUCUCCAACAUCGUGUUCGCCUAUGCUGGACAUGUGGCUUUCUUUGGUUUCAUCGAUGAGAUGAAGAAUCCAGCGGAGUUCCCCAAAUCACUAGCCCUCCUCCAAAUCUCCGAUAUUUCCAUGUAUUGCGUUGUUGCGAUCAUCGUGUACCGCUAUGCAGGCACCGACGUCACAUCUCCAGCUCUUGGGUCCGCGGGUUCGACCAUUUCCAAGAUCGCCUACGGCAUUGCAAUUCCCACGAUCAUUAUUGCGGGUGUCAUUUACGGUCACGUGUCUUCUACCUACGUCUACCGGCGGAUCUUCCCUACACAGCGCACGAAAAAUACCUGGACGGCGUGGUUCUUGUGGGCAGGAAUCACGAUGAUCUUAUGGACCAUCGCAUGGAUCAUUGCCGAAAGUAUCCCCGAAUUCAACGACAUGCUGGCUCUCGUGUCCAGCUUAUUCGCCAGUUGGUUCACGUAUGGUGUCUCGGGCUGUUUCUGGCUCUUCCUUAACUGGCGCAAAUGGACGAGCACCAAGAGGAAGUCGUUCCUGAUGCUCGUGAACUUUUGCUUGGUGCUUAUGGGGGGCGCGAUCUGUGGCAUGGGUUUAUACACCAGCGGUUAUGCGAUUCAUCAAGAGUCUAGCCGCUCUGCAGGGAGUUGGUCUUGUAGAUCUUCCUAA